GGUACCCGUACGGAAGCAGGAAGCCUGGGGGGCGGUGGGAGGGGAGAGGUUGGCCCCUAAUUUUGCUGCAUCCGGUCACCUCCACCUAGCAGCCCCCUGGGCCUGCACCUGGAGCCAUGGAAGGAGCCCAGUUCGGUCUCCCCCAGACUCAGGGCGCUGAGAACAGAAAUCGUUACAGUGAAAUCUUCAGGAGCCUGGACAACUUGGAGAUUUCUUUGGGAAACUCGGCUGUGGAAAUGUUGGUUGGAGACUCAGAGACAUUGGAUGACCCUGAGCCAGGAGUGGAGACUAAUGAGACCCAAAGUUGGAGCAGCCCCUUCCCUGGAGGCCCUGUCCCCCUCACAGGGGAGGAACUGGACACCCGGCUUGUGCGCAGUGAAGGAGGUGUGGAGGCUGCCCUGGAUUAUGCCAAGAUGUGGAGCAGACAUCUAAAAGAGAUUUUGAGCUGGACUGAAAAGAGAGCAAGCUAUGAGCUAGAAUUUUCCAAAAACAUCAUGAAGCUCGCUGAGGCAGCAAAGGUAUCCAUCCAGCAGCAGCAUCCUCCUGGACCACUCCGAGAUGUCUAUGGCCUCUUCCUAGAGCAGGACUUCAUCCUUGGAGACCUGACACUGCAGAUACUGACACAGCAGAAACAUAAUUAUUACCAGCCCCUAGUGGCCCAGAGGAAUGAAAUAGAGAAAAGACGGAAAGAGAUGAAGGCUCAGUGGGCUCGUGAACAGAAGAGGAUGAAUGAGGCAGUGCUGGCCUUGCGGCGAGCUCGGGUCCAGUACCUACAGAGGAGUGAGGAUGCACAGGCUCGAAUCUUGGGCCUUCCUGAGGCUCCCAGCAAACAGCAAGAGCGAAGGCGCCGUUCACGGGAUGAUGCCCAGGCCAAGGCACAGGAAGCUGAAGCUCACUAUCAGGCCUGCAUCCGGGAGGCCAACCUCCGGCAGCGGGAUCUGGAGGCUACAAAACAGAGAAUCGUGUCCCGUGUCCGGAAGAUGUUGCUUCAGGGGGAUGUGGAGCUCAAGAAGGUGUCCAUGUACCUCUUCAGCCUUCGGGGAAACCUGGCUCAGCGAGGACCCCAAGGUUUCUCAGCACUUAGUGAAUGCUGUACGCCCUUUGAGCCUGGUCAGCGGUACCUUGAGUUUGUACAGACAAUGUGGCCAGAGCCCCCUCCUCCAGCCCCACCAGAUUUCUCCUUCCAGGAGUUUGUGGCCUCAACACAGAGCUCCCCUCUGGAUGCUCGAAAGAAGGUUCCAUCCCAGCAAUCCUUGCAGUCCAAUGAAUCCUUAUUGGAGCUCAACCUCUGGGAGGAGCCUGGGGACCAUGGGAGCCUGGGCAUCUGUCUAGGCAGCGACGUGGACAGUGUAGGUGGAAGCAGCGAGUCUAGGUCUCUGGACUCGCCUACAUCGAGCCCUGAGCUUGGGGAUGGAGCAGACAAUGACACAUUGAAGAAGUGGACACAAUCCAUUGCAGCCCAGACCCACCAUUUUCGAAGGCUUCGAGGCCCAGCUAAGUGCCGUGAGUGUGAGACCUUCAUGGUCAGCGGGAUCGAGUGUGAGGAGUGCUCUCUGGCCUGCCACAAGCGCUGCCUGCAGUCUUUACUGAUUCAUUGUGGCCACAGGAAGCUCCCAGCCCGAACUCAGCUCUUUGGAGUUGACUUUCUACAGCUGCCCCGGGACUUCCCAGAGGAGGUGCCCUUCUUGGUCAUCAAAUGCACUGCUGAAAUUGAGCACCGUGCCCUCGGUGUACAGGGUAUUUACCGAAUCAGCGGGUCACGGGUUCGAGUGGAGCGGCUAUGUCAGGCCUUUGAAAAUGGCUGGGCCUUGGUGGAGUUGUCGGGUAACUCUCCCCACGAUGUCACUGGAGUACUCAAGCACUUUCUUAAGGAGCUCACAGAUUCUAUCAUCCCCUCUCAACUCUAUGGUGCCUUCAUCUCUCUGGCUAAGACUUUUCAACCAGGGGUAUCAUCAGAUGCCUCAGGGAGCUCUGAAUGUGAACUCAAUCUUGACCCCAGCCCCAGUGCUGACUCUGUGGCUGAAGCUGUCAGUGCCCUGAGAACUCUCCUGAGACAGUUGCCUGGCUCUAACUACAAUACUCUCCGGCAUCUGGUGGCCCAUUUGUUCAGGGUGGCCUCAAGGUUUGAGGAAAACAAGAUGUCAGCCAACAACUUGGGCAUCGUGUUUGGGCCAACGCUGCUUCGGCCACCAAAGGGCCAGGGUGGGGUUAGCGCCAACCCAGUGGCCUGCCUCCUGGACUCAGGAUACCAGGCCCAGAUGGUCGAGUUUCUCAUCCUCCACUAUGAGGAUGUCUUCGGGAUGGAAGAACUCCCUCCGACCACCGCAGAAACAUCUGACUCUGGAACUCCUGAUCAUGUCACACAGACCUCUACUGAAGAGGGGUCUGGGACUUCAGGGGUCCAAGCAUCAUCUGAUGAGACUUCACCAUCCAAAGGUGACUUCAUUGAGUGGGUCGUUGGGAACCCCUCAGAAGAGGGAAGAGAAGAUUCCAGUCAAGUUCGUGAGGAAACCCCUCUAGGGACACAAUCCCGGGGACACUUUAGUCGCCAGCCUGUGAAAUAUCCCCGGGCAGGAGGAGUCAGGCCUGUCAUCCACCAGUUGUCCAGCCUGGCCCUGGUGGCCUCUAAACUCUGUGAGGAAACCCCUAUCAAGGACCGACAUGGAAGCCUUCGGGGCCAGGGUCCUUGGACCAGUGCCUCCCCAGAAGGCAGCCCCCUUCGCCGAGCCAAACUGCCAAAGCACUUUGAGAUUACCCAGGAGACAGCCCGACUCCUCUCCAAACUCCAGAGAGAAGAGUCUCAGGAUGGCAGGGAAUCCCCCUGCUGGCCUGAGCUAGAGCCUCAGUCCCAGUCCCAGUCCCAGCCCCAGUCCCAGCCCCAGCCCCAGCCCCAGCCCCAGCCCCAGCCCCAGCCCCAGUCCUGA